AGCGUCGCAGCCGUCCUCCUUUGCCCGCGUGAGUGCGCACGCCCCCCCUCCCCACGCACUCUCGCGCGGCACGCACAUGCUCAGUGAGGUUAUUUUUGCGCACGGAGCCUUUUAAGACGAGCGUGCCAGCCCGCACGCGGCAGCACUCGCUCGAACCGAACCGGAGCGAGAGCAUCAGACGAGCGGGACCCAAACCCCGAUGAGCCAGCACCGACGGCGGGCGGGCUCCGUCCGGGCCACACGGGAGCUAGGGGCCACUCGGCUCCGCUCUUGAAUGCCCGGCCGCGAACACUCUUCCGCGGGGGACUUUGGCUCGUCGUCUCGGUCGUCGACAUGGUUCGGGGUAAAGUUCGGGCGCUGGCGGUGUGCUUCGACACUCUGAAUGAGAGCAACCUGCCGGUGUUCUCCGGCGGGGAGUUGGUGUCCGGUCGCGUGGUGGUGGAGGUGGCCGGGGAUGUGCGCGUCCGCAGCCUGGACGUGACUGCGCGCGGGGUCGCCAAGGUCCGUUGGACCGAGUCUCGCAACGCAGGAGCCAACACGGCCUACACGCAGAACUACACAGAGGAGGUUGAGUACCUGCACCACCGGGAUACGCUCAUCGGCGAAGAGCGAGAUGAUGACAUGGCAGACGAAGGCAUCACCGUGCUGCACAGCGGCUUGCAUGAGUUUGCCUUCAGCUUCCACCUGCCGCAGAUGGCGUUGGCGACGUCGUUCGAGGGCAAACACGGCAGCGUGAGGUACUGGGUGAAGGCGGAGCUCCAGCGACCUUGGAUGCUUCCCGUCAAGGUUAAGAAGGAGUUCGUCGUCUUCGAGCACAUCGACAUCAACACGCCCCUGCUGCUGGCUCCUCAGGCGGGCAGCAAGGAGAAGACUUUGUGCUGUUGGUUCUGCGCGUCCGGUCCCAUCUCGCUCAGCGUCAAAGUGGCUCGCAAAGGCUACACGCCAGGCGACUCCAUCCAGAUUUUCGCCGAGGUGGAGAACUGCUCCACCCGUGUGGUGGUGCCCAAGGCGGCGCUGUACCAGACGCAGACCUUCUUUGCCAAGGGCAAAGGCAAAGAGAUCCAGCAGCUGGUGUCCAACCUGCGAGGGGAAGCCUUGGCUCAGGGCAAGAGUCAAAGCUGGGAGGGCAAGAUGCUCAGGAUCCCGCCCGUGUCGCCGUCCAUCCUCGACUGCCCCAUUAUACGCGUGGAGUACGCCCUUGUGGUGUAUGUGGACAUUCCCGGCGGUCUCAACUUGUCGCUGUCGUUGCCUUUGGUAAUCGGGACCAUCCCGCUACACACCGCCGCCUCCCGCACCUCUAGCAUCAGCAGCCAUGGCAGUGCUGCUGGCUGGCUGGGCGUGCCAGAGCACCCUGAGGCUCCGCCCAGCUACAGUGAACUGGCCAUCCCGGAGUCGCACCGCCGCCACUUCCUGCACGGCGUCCACGAGCACGAACAAGAACAUGCUAGCGCGGCGUUGCUCACGUACAUCACGGAAUUCCGAUAUCUGCCGCCUCCACUGUACGCCGAGGUGAACACAAAUACACUUCCUGCUUCCGUUCAAAGGAUUGACGGCAUGCUCCACUUUUUGUGCAGCGUGUUGUUCAGCGGACUAAUUAUAUCGUGGACCCAUAUCCUGAGCCGGUGGAGCCCGGCCGCCCUGACACGUGUCCGUCACGCUGAAAAGGUGAAAACCUGGAGCUCAUCUGCUGUACCAACGUGACACUCUGCUCCUCCCCAUAUCCAGCCGAGCCAGGAUCACAUGACCGCUUGUUUCAUUGAUGGGUGGAGAUUCCUGGGACGGGACAAGACGUCGCCACCCGCUUGCCACCUUCCUUCUUCCUCCGAACUUUUUGGACACGUCUGUAAACACACCACCCGAAACCACCAAACAAAUAUGCGCAUGUCCAUGCUCACAUGUGAAGUCACAUGUGGGAGAGUUUGGAAGUUGGCAGUGAAAAAAGACUUGACGGAAUGUCACCCGAAGCACUUAAACUUCAUCAUGAGUGUGUGUGUGUGUGUGUGUUGGGAAACAAGAAUGCGAAAGUGUGUGUGUGUGUGUGUGCAGAGCUAAAAGCACAAACGACCAACUUCAAAGAACCACAAGUCGCCUGUUUUGAUGUUUGCUCAGAGCUAAAUAUUAUUAUUCAUAAUAAUGAGAAUACUUUUUUUACGAGGGCGUUCCAUGUCCAAAGAACGCCGAAAUACGACGAAAAAAAUGUAAGAAAUGUUUACAGGAAAAUUUGGUCAAACGUCCUUGAAUGUUUGGAAGAUGACUAAAGUGCAAUAUUUUUUCAUAUUUUUAUAUUUGUCCUUUGAGCACGACUUUUCCAUAUCUGUUGCUCUUUCCAUCUUUGUGCUUUAUUAUUGUUAUGAUUAUAAUAUGAUGAUCUACUUGCUGUCACGAAUAACUUUUGAUAAAGAAAAAUAAAAGUUUAUUUUAAGAAAAAA